AAUUCUAUUCCCUGGAUGUGAAUCAUUCUCCUGGCAUUUGGCAUCGGAGUCAGCAGGUUAGUGUGAUCUGAACUCAAGGCAAAAGUGGGAUAGCAUGGCAUCUCUCUGGGUGGGACACCGUGGGACAGUGCGUGAUUAUCCAGGCUUUAGCCCAUCAGUGGAUGCUGAAGCGAUUCGAAAGGCAAUCCGAGGAAUUGGAACUGACGAGAAAACGCUUAUCAGCAUUCUGACUGAGAGGUCGAAUGCACAGCGGCAGCUGAUUGUUAAGGAAUAUCAAGCAGCAUAUGAAAAGAAACUGAAAGAUGACCUGAAGAGUGAUCUCUCUGGCCACUUCGAGCAUCUCAUGGUGGCCCUCGUGACUCCUCCGGCAGUGUUUGAUGCGAAGCAGUUGAAGAAAUCCAUGAAGGGCGCUGGGACAGAUGAAGAUGCAUUGAUUGAAAUCUUAACCACCAGGACGAGCAGGCAGAUGAAGGAGAUCUCUCAAGCCUACUACACAGUAUAUAAGAAGAGUCUUGGAGAUGACAUCAGCUCUGAAACAUCUGGUGACUUCCGGAAAGCUCUGUUGACUUUGGCAGACGGCAGAAGAGAUGAAAGUCUGAAAGUGGAUGAGCAGCUGGCCAAAAAGGAUGCCCAGAUUCUCUAUAACGCUGGUGAGAAGAAGUGGGGCACCGACGAAGAUAAGUUCACAGAGAUCCUGUGUCUAAGGAGCUUUCCCCAGCUAAAACGAACGUUUGAUGAAUACAGAAAUAUUAGCCAGAAGGACAUUGAGGACAGCAUAAAAGGAGAACUAUCUGGACAUUUUGAAGACCUACUGCUGGCCAUAGCUCCUCUGGUGAGAUCAGGAGAGCUGAUGUCUGAAGGUGCCCUCCCCUGGCGUGAGCCUCUGAUUCAUCUUCAGAUGUUAAUUAUUGUGUCUGGAGUUCAUUGUGCAAGGAACAUACCUGCCUUUUUAGCUGAAAGACUGCAUCGCGCUUUGAAGGGUGCUGGAACCGAUGAGUUUACUCUGAACCGAAUAAUGGUUUCCAGAUCAGAAAUUGACCUUUUGGACAUUCGAGCAGAGUUUAAGAAGCGUUGUGGCUAUUCUCUAUAUUCAGCAAUUAAAUCGGAUACUUCUGGAGACUAUGAAGCCACACUCUUAAAGCUCUGUGGAGGAGAUGACUGAGUCACGAACAUCGUCUGCCAAGGUUGCCUGCUCCCACGGUGGGCUUUCCCAACAGCUCUGCUCCCUUCUUUCUCAAGUGUUUAAAAGUACAAGCAAGUAUAAACAGCAGCCUGUUUUCCUAACAAAUUUUCAUUGUUCCAUAACAACAACAAUGACACAAUUAUUUUAGAGCAUCUCAUCCUAAUGUAGCAGUUUAUUAAUGAAAAUUUAAAAUGAUGUGAAGAAUCUCCUAAUACUAUCUAAAAUUAUAUUUCUGCUUAGGAAGUGAGAAUCUUUGUACAGUUCUAAAAUAUCUAAUGCAAAGCAGGGUAAUAAAAAUUGCUGCCUUUGUUAAA